CUCUCUUUAUAUAUAUUUCAUUUCAUCUCUCUAUUUCUCUCUCUAGCUUUAGCUUUUCCUCUUUUCCAAAUCUCUUCUUGUGCCUUUAUAUAUUUAUUUCGCAACUCACAAGCGUAAGCAUAGAAGGGUUUUACCUUCUAGGGUUUGGUCCUUGAUUAGGGUUGGUGGGUCUGACCCGAACCGAUAAGAUCUCAGGCCUUUAUCUAGGGAGAUCCAGGUUUUCAAUUGGAUUCUUCUUGGGUUGUCGUAAUUUAUCCUUUUAGUUUUAAAAAAAUUAGGGCUUUAAUUAAAAGUUGGGAUCUUUUUCUUUUGGGUUUGUCUCUGAAUGAAGGGAAUUUGAUUUGAGGUUAGGGUUUCUAAAUCUGUUAUUCUUUUAUUUAUUCCCAAUUCUUUAAAUUCAUAACCCAGAAUAAAUCAGAAUUCUGUUAUUGAGUUACUAUACAGGAAAUGAAUGUGAAUAUAUUCUGAGCUAUCACAAGGCAAGUCUUAAACCUGGAUCUUGAACAAAGGGGAAAGCGACGAAUUAAUUGAACUCAGCGUUGCGCGAAAUGGUGAAAGUUGUCGUAUACCAAUGCUAUUGAUAUCUUACAUAAUUGUCGACUUGGCAUGUUCGUGUGUAAUUUGAGGGGAUCAAAAUGUUGAGAAGAAAUAGUUGAUAUGUGCGGACUUGGGGGGUUAUCCACAUGGCACCUACUGUUCCAAUAGAUUACGUUGGGCAGAGAGAAUCCAAGAAGUUGUUUAAAAAGGAUUCAGGUGAUAUGAUGGGAAAAUCUCGCAAGGUUUUUAAAGGUUACGCGUCUGGGAUUGUGCCAGAUUUUUGCAAUGCUGUUGAGACAAUGGCAGAAUCAGAGGGUUUUGGGAGCUCAGGACGGGUUGAUACUGAAAGGACUGCUUCGGAAGACUCUUGUGCACCUAAAAGGAAAUCCUUUUGUUUGAAUGCUGAUGGUUAUGAUCGAUUUGGUGUACCUAUUCAAGUAAUGUCGUUGUCCAAGAUGUCACGUUCUGAGAGAAGAGGUUUGGGAAUUAGGUUGAGGAAUGAACUUGAACAAAUCAGGGCACUGCAGAAGAAAAUUACUUCUGUCGACUCUAAUAUUUCGGUUCAUUCACCUGCUAGCAAUAUUCAUAAUUGCACCGAUGGGCAGAGGAGGUCAGGAUCAGAGAUAUCUCAGAGGUGUCUGACUGAAGCAGUGGUGCCUCCUGGGAAGAAAAAGGCUGUGCUGGGAAGAAAUGGACCUCUUACUAAAGGAUCAGGAGCUAAGCGGCCUAAGCCAAUGAAACAGGCCGUCCCUUCAGAUACCAGCACUGUCAUGUUGAUGAAACAAUGUGAGACACUGCUAAACCGACUGAUGUCACAUCAGCAUGGUUGGGUCUUUAAUACUCCAGUUGAUGUUGUAAAGUUAAAAAUCCCCGACUAUUUCACUGUUAUUAAGCAACCAAUGGACCUAGGGACAGUCAAAUCAAAGUUACAUUCCGGAGAAUAUUUGAGCCCUUUGCAGUUUGCUGCAGAUGUGAGGCUCACUUUUAGAAAUGCAAUGACAUAUAAUCCGCCAGGAAAUGAUGUUCAUUUCAUGGCUCAAACACUUAGUAAAUUUUUCGAGGUUAGAUGGAAGCCCUUAGAAAAGAAGAUUCCUAUAAUAGAAGAGGAACCUUUACCUUCUAAAUCGAGUGUUAUCUUAGAAACUGAAACUGAUACUCCUCUAGCAAUGCCGCCUUCAAAGAAGAAGAAAGUUGCUCCGCUGGAGAGCAAGGUUAAACCAGAGCCCGUAAAGCGAGUCAUGAGUGAUGCCGACAAGCAUAAACUCACUGCGGAGAUUGAAGCUUUACUGGCUGAAUUACCUGAAAAUAUAAUUGAUUUCUUGAGAGAAAAAAGCUUCAAUGGAAGUCAAGUUAGUGAAGACGAGAUCGAGAUUGAUCUCGAUGCUCUUAAUGAUGAUAUCUUGUACGAACUACGGAAGCUUUUGGAUGAGUAUCUGCUGGAAAAACAGAAAAAGCAGGCAAAAGGUGAACCCUGUGAGAUGGAGGUAAAUACACUUCACGAUGAGUCUGGAUUCAGCAAUUCAUCCAUGCAACCAUGCAAAGGAAAUGAUCCGGCAGAUGAGGAAGUGGAUAUUGGUGGGAAUGAUCCACCUGCUUCAAGCUUCCCGCCUGUGGAGAUUGAGAAGGAUAGAGCUCGCAGGAGCAAUAAAUGCAGUAGUUCAAGCAGUUCGAGUAGUGAUUCUGACUCUUCAUCUUGUGAUUCCGGAAGCUCAUCUGGUGAUGAAUCAGAUGCUGGUAAAGAUUCAGUUCCUAAAACUGUUCAGAAGGCAACAGCGGCUUCAGGGGGGAGAACCGAGCAGGAAGAUGAGCUUGAUCUUCCAGAGACUAAAGAUUCCCUGGCUGACCUGCUGAAUUCCGAGAAAAAGUCCAUUUCUGCUGAGCCCGAUGAUCAUCGAGAGGAGGAGAGUGCUGAACCUGAGAGGCAAGUCUCUCCUGAGAAGCUUUACCGCGCAGCUUUGUUAAGAGGUCGGUUUGCGGAUAUCAUACUAAAAGCUCAGGAGAAGAGCCUUGAAAAGGGUGAAGUGCGGGACCCUGAAAGGCUAAAGCUCGAGAAAGAGGAGUUUGAAAGGCGAAGGCGAGAAGAGAAAGCUCGCUUACAAGCGGAAGCUAAGGCUGCCGAAGAGGCUCGUAGGAGAGCCGAUGCAGAAGCUGCUGCAGAAGCCAAAAGGAAACGAGAACUUGAAAGAGAAGCUGCCCGUCAGGCACUCCAGAAGAUGGAGAAGACUGUUGAAAUCAAUGAGAACAGUCGAUUUUUGGAGGAUCUGGAGUUGUUUAAAGCUGCUCCAGAUGAACAGUUAGAGAGCUUCAUUGAGGAAACGAGUCCUGGUCAUUCUGAGAAUGUUCUUGGCAGUUUCAAAUUUAAGGCAAGUAGUAAUCCGUUGGAGCAACUAGGGUUAUAUAUAAAGGAUGACGAGGAGGAAGAAGAAACUGAACCACAUAGCGUUCCUGCCGUAUCGAAUGAUCCGGAGGAAGGAGAGAUUGAUUAAUGUCCCUUUCUUUUGAAUCCUUGCGCGUGGUGCUUUGAUAUAAAUUUCGUUUUGUGCUGCCAGGGCAGACUGGAAGAAAUAGGGUUGGGAGUCCACAAAUGAGAAGCAUGAGCUUUUAGAGACUUUGGGUCUCCAGUGAAAGUACUAGGGAGUGGCUAGUGCUAGGCAGAUACAGUUUUGUUGCAUGAUUACAUAGUUUAGUACUAGAUUUCAGCUAUAUUUAAUUUAAGUAAAAGAAAAAUGUUGUUAAAAGGUGCAUCGGUUUUUCGUCCACAAAUAUCAUUCCUGCCCGAAUCUUC